AUGUGGCAUGAUAUUGACUUGAUGAAAGCUCCGUUGGAAGAUUCGGAUUCUACACAAGUCCCUCUAUUGUUGGAAUUUUCCAACAAAGAUGACAUUAGACACAUUUACCAGACUUACUUCAUCAACCCAGCAUUGCCGAUUCGUCCAGAAUUGUGCAAAAUAGUCGAACUGUAUGUGAAAUGCUCCGACUCCAAUACCCAAAAACCACAACUCUACCAAGAAGCACGCAAAGCGCUUUUUGAGAUCCAGUCUGAUCUUUUCAUACAUAUGCAGCAGUUGCAUUUCCCUCAGUUCAAGAAGUCAGAAAGAUUUGGCGAUGUGGAUAUAAGUAUAUUCAAACAAUCCGCUCAUGUGAAACGGGAACCAUCGAUGUCCUUCUCCAACAUAAAAAGCUCUUCUAACCAGGCACCUUCUAACGUGAACAAUAAAACUGUAGAAGCUGUUGAAAAUGCGUUUGAAAGAAUAAUGGCGUCCUCUUCGAAAAACCUGGAUAUCCAGUCUCUUUUUGGAGAAAGCAAUGGUCCUCACGAGAAAGACUUGUCAUUUUCAGGCUUCGAUUUAAGUACAUCUGAAAAGAACCGCAUGUCUACAUUGUUUGAGAACAAUAGCGAUGCGGACUCCGAAGAGGAAUCCAUUCAUUCUGAUUCGGCAGAACUGCCUCUGGAUAAUCUGGAGUUGAAUUUAAAUUCUCUGGAAAUCAUCUUGGCAGCACCAGGAGAUUUAAGCUUGGCGGAGCAAAUCCGAACUUUGGACCAAACAUUAGAGAACUUGGCAGAGCAAGACGUUAUCUUGUCUUCUUUAUUGAGAAAAGCCGAAUUGACAAACAAUGUUGGAGAGCUCAAAGUUCUUCGGCGUUCGAAAUUGAGUCUUGAGAGGGAAAUGAAAUCGAAGGAGAUGCAGAAACAACAAUUUAUUGUGCAAGAAAACGAAAACAGUUUGUACGGAAAAUCCCGUGUGAACAUUCAAUCGUGUAUUUUUGGCAAUGAUGAAAGCACCAAAUAUGUGUUGUACAUUAUUGAGGUGCAAAAAUAUUCAAGCGAAGAUCCCGACCAGAUUGUGGCUGGUUGGGUCGUAGCCAGAAGAUUUAGCCAAUUCUAUCGUCUUAACGAAUAUUUAAAAAAGAGGUGUCCCCAGGUAUCGAAUAUCAAAUUUCCCAAGAAGAGCGUUCAGAUGCUUAAUUUCCAAAAACGUCAACAGGUUGAAUCUCGAAAACCUAUUUUGCAGAAUUAUCUACAUGAGCUCUUGCAGAUUCCUGAGGUUUGUUCCGACCCAGCAUUCCGAUCCUUUUUAUCAUCUGAGAAUUUCAGCCUUGGAAACACAAAUCAGACUAAUAAUCCCAAAAAAAGUCUUGAUUCUGUGCUUAAUAAGUUUUAUGGU